AUGCAAAACUUCUCCCAUGUAAGAACGAUUCAAGUGAAAUAUGUACCAAAAAAGAAAGGCUCCCAUGAGUUGGCUAUCGUUCAAGACGGAGCUCAUAUUGCGGGAAGCCCACUUCGUUUUUACGUUGACCACUACGGUGCCGGCUAUGCCACUGUCUAUGGGCCCGGUCUGCAGAACUCGAUCGUAGGCGAACCAGCCGCUUUCACAGUUUGCGCGAAAGGUUCCGCAGCCAAAGAGUUGUCCGUGAGCAUAGAAGGGCCCGCACAAAGCAGGAUUAAGAUCCAUGACAACAAGGAUGGUACGUGCUCCGUCACGUGGGUACCGCCAGUUCCAGGAGAAUACAAAGUUCAUGUGAAGCUUGGUGGAAAGGAGGUUCUUGACUCGCCGUUCAGUGUAUUGGUGGCAGGUGAAGGACAGAAACGUGCCCAUCUAUCUGUUGGCUCAACGUCGGAAGUGGCACUGAACAUCACACAAUCAGAAUUGAAGGGUAUUUCGGCCUCCAUCAAAUCGCCGUCUGGUAUUGAAGAACCGUGCUUUGUUCGUCUCAUUGAAGGAGGAAGACUUGGUGUUUCAUUCACACCUCGUGAAGCGGGCGAACAUCUCAUUUCUGUGAAGAGGGAUGGAAAACUAUUGCCGAAAGCGCCAUUCAAGAUCAAGGUGGACAAAUCUCAAGUUGGAGAUGCGAGCAGAGUUGACGUGAGUGGACCAGGCAAGAAGAGCGCUGAGUGUAUGAAGGAAAAUGAGAUUCUCAUCGAUACAAGCCAUGCCGGUUAUGGUGGAUUGUCCGUGUCUGUCCAAGGCCCGUCCAAAGCAGAACUCAGCUGUAAGGAGGUAAAAGCUGGAUUAAUCAAGAUUCUCUACAAGCCAACGGAGCCUGGUGUUUAUGUGGUAGCUGUCAAAUUUGCAGACAGUCAUGUGAAAGGUGAGUGGUCGACAAUCAAACUUAUUUGCUUUUGUAAGGUUCGGAAGCAUAAAUUAUGA